GGAACCAGGCUGAAGGGACAGGAAAUUCCACCAUUCCGUGUUGGACUCGGGGAAUGGCGUGUUCCGGAAGUGCAUGAGGAAGACCCAGCCGGGUAUUCGGGACCUGAAAUCUCCCCGGAGCCGCAGUCGCCGCGCGGGGCGGCCUGGGAAAGUCACCAGUCAGCAGCGCAGUGGCGGGAACCGCAGCCCGGCGGCCCUGGAACCUCCCAGGGCAACAAGCCAUCUGUUCAUUGUUCCUGAAAGAAAAACUCAAAGAAGAGAAAUGGCUGAUUAUCCAGUAAACAUGUCCCAGGAUCUGCUGGGUCUGCUGACAUUCAAGGAUGUGACUGUGAACUUCUCCCAGGAGGAGUGGGAAUGCCUGGACUCUGCUCAGAGGGCUUUGUACAUUGAUGUGAUGUUGGAGAAUUAUGGAAACCUGCUCUCUGUGGGGAACUAUUAUAUAUGCGAUCCUGUCUAUCAACAUGUGAUGACUGAAAAGGAGUCUUGUCAGUAUAAUGAGUGUGGCAAAGUGCUUCAUGACCCCUGCACAUAUGCACUUCAUAGAACAAAUGAAACUAUAGAAAACACUAAUAACCACAGACGCAGUAAUCACAGGGAUGACUAUAUUGAUUCAUCAAACACAGAUCGACAUGAAAGCAUGCACACUGGAGAAGAACCUUCCAAGUCUAAAGAUUGUGAUAAAUCUUUAAAUUUGUGUUCCAGCAUUACUCAAGAUCAGAGACUGUACAUUGCAAAGACACAGCACAGGCAGGGAGAAUAUGAUGACUACUUUGACUCUACAUACAGUCUUUUGCAACAAAAAUUCUCCAUUGGAGAGAAACCACACCAGUGUAGGAAAUGUGGGAGAUACUUCAGUGCUGCCUCAAGCCUCACUAGACAUCAGAGAAUUCAUACUGGAGAGAAACCUUACAAGUGUGGAGAAUGUGACAAAUCCUUCAGCCAACGUUCAAAUCUUAGAGCACAUCAGAAAAUUCAUACUGGAGACAGACCUUACAAAUGUAUGGAAUGUGACAAAUCCUUCACCCAUAAAUGUUAUCUUCAGACACAUCAGAGAGUUCAUACUGGAGAGAGACCUUAUAGUUGUAAGGAAUGUGACAAAUCUUUUAUUAGGGGCUCCUACCUCAGAUCACAUCAGAAAAUUCAUACUGGAGAGAAACUUCACAAAUGCGAAGACUGUGAUAUGUCCUUUCUCCGGAUUUCAAGUCUUAAAAGACAUCAGAAAAUUCAUACUGGAGAGAAACCCUUCAAAUGCAAAGAUUGUGACAUGUCCUUUCUCCGGAUAUCUCUUCUUAGGAUACAUCAGAAAAUUCAUACUGGGGAGAAACCUUACAAAUGUCUGGAAUGUGACAUAUCCUUUAAAUGGAUUUCAAAUUUUAGACGACAUCAGAAACGUCAUACUGGAGAGAAACCUUACAAAUAUCUGGAAUGUGACAAAUCCUUUACCCACUUGUAAAAUCUUAGAACACAUUAGAGAGCUCAUACUGUAGAGAGACCUUACAGUUGUAAUUUUUCACUCUUCUCUGCUUAUAAAUCCCAAUAGCAUACAUAAUAUGCUACAGGAUAACUUUUUAUGUACUGUGAAGAUAUGUGUUUUCAAAAGAACCUUCUGAUUGGUUUAAUAAAAAGCUGAAUGGCCAAUAAUUAGGCAAGAGAGAAUGUGCAGAACUUAUUAGGGGAGAGAGCAACUUGGGAUAUAUCUGGUGUAGCAGGAGAUGCCAGCAAGACAAGAGAAGAGUCAGAUGUACAGAAUGGAGGAGAAGUAAAGAACCACUUGGCAAAAUGUAGGUUAGUAGAAACAUGUUACUUUAAGUUAUAAGAGCAAGUUGGGAACAAGCCUAAGCUAAAGGCCAAUCUUUCAUAAUUAAUAAUAAGUCUUUGUGUCAUUAUUUAGGAGCUACCAGUCCAAAGAAAGUCCAACAAGAAAGACAAACUACAAUAAUAGAAACAUAAAGAUAAGAAGCUUGUGAAAGACUAUUACCAAGUUUUAAAUCUAAGAAAAUAUGACAGAGUUCAUAUUUUUAAAAAUUCUGAAAUAGUAACUGAAAUUUUUUUAAUGUGUAUGGGUGCUUUGCCCAUUGUGUAAAGAGUUGCUUUGCAGCUCUUUCUGCAUACUACUUGUUUGCCAAGUACAUCUGAAUGCUAGUAGAGGGCAUAAGACUCCCCAAAAGUGAAGUUACAUACAAUUUUGAGCACCUAUGUGUGUGUUACAAAUUGAAUCCCAGUCCUCUGGAAGAGCAACCAGUGCUCUUAAUCAGUAAAUUUUGACUCCAGCCACUGUGAAAUGCCAUAAUUAUUUAUCCUAGCUGGGAAAUGGUAGUACACACCUCUAAUCCUGGCAUUCAGGAGGCAGAGGCAAGUGGAUAGGUGUGAGUCUGGGACCAGCCUAGUGUACACAGCUAGUUCCAGGAUAGCCAAGGCUGUUACAUAAUGAAAUCUUUUCUCAAAAACAAUAUUGUGCAACAUUCAAGAAUUCAUAAUAAAGACAGUCUACAUGGUGUAUGCCUUUAAUCCGAGCAAUCCGGAUGCAGAGGCAAGAAGAUCUCUGAGUCUAAGGCUAUCCUGGUCUUCACAGUGAGUUCCAGAACUGUCAGGAGUACAUAGACCUAUCUUGAAAAAGUUAAAUCAUAAUACGGACAAAAUAUAGUAACAUAAAAAAUGUGACAAAGACCUCUAAUUGUACUGUACAUUACAAAAUUCAUAAUUCUGAGAAAAGAUAUAGAGGUAUACCAUACAUAAUCCCCAUGUCUUCUGUUCGUUGGGUGUUAUAGCCACCAAAUGAAUUUGACAAAUCCUUUACCUAGUGCUGAAAUUGCCAAUAUAAAAGCAAAUUCAACCUGAAAGAAAAUGUUCUAUUAGAGUCUCAUCUUUUGUUCACUUUCAAUAAUCUUUAUACUAGACUCAAACCUUCCAAAUAGCAAGAAAGUGAGAAACUGUAGAGAGGUAGGCUGUGACUGACAACAGAGGCAUAUCACAAACAGCUUAGAAGUCUCUAAGGGCUCUGGGCUUGGUGGUGCAUGCCUUUAAUCCCAGCUCUCUGGAGAAGAAGCAGGUGAAUCUCUGUGAGUUCAGCCUGGUCUACAGUGCAAAUUCCAAGACAACCAGGACUACACAGAGAAACCCCAUCUCAAAAAACCAAAACAACAGCAACAAAAAAUUCUCUGAGGACAUGCAGAAAUUCAGUUUGAACUACUGAAGAAAAAUGGGGAUUUACUCCACACAAAAUAAUAAAAUGAUAUGGCUUUCAUUAACUGCCUGUAGACCCUCAUGGAGGUAAAGGAGACUUGUGAAACCCUCUCUCAGCCAUGAUGAUAUGAUAAUAUGUAGUAGAACAGGCCCACAGGGUUGAGGAAAUUGGUUCAAACCAGUUGCCAAGGUAUGUACAUAAUGUACUUCCUUAUAAGCCAACCUGGAGUCUGCCUCAGGACCUUGCAACAGGUGCUGUUCAGAGUUCAGAUUGUGCAGAAUCUGCCUGAGGGCCUCGCCACAGGUGCUGUCAGAGGUCCUGAUUGUGCCCAGCCAGUAAGGGACAGCCACACAAUGUCACCAGAUCAGGACAUAGACUGGGUGCUGGGAGAAGGGUACAUAAGGCUUUCCCCAUUACUGAAUAAAUGAGUCUGCUCUUUGUCUUUCA